CGUCACAUGAAGGAGGAAGUGAGUGAAGCAUUCUUCUAUAAUGGCGGAGGUGAGGGAGAAGCUGCAGGCUCAUGAUGUGACAGGGAGCGCAGUUGCCGGUUUUCGCAACAGGUUUCCCCGGCCUGGGGUCCACACGUUCAGCGGAAUGACUGAUCGUCUCUUGAAUCUCGCUGCCUCAGAAAAGCCAUGGAUGAGAUGAGGUAACUGCAGACCUGCGACCAGAACCACAUUUCAAUGGAUACAAAGUACAAGGAAGAUCUCUUCAGAAAAUAUGUACAGUUCCACGAAUCCAAACUGGAAGCCUCAGAUAGUAAGCAGCGAGUCGUCAGCGAUGAAUACCUCCGCACCGCUGCCUCGGCCUUACUCAGCCUGCCGAAAAUUGAUCCCAUUUAUAGAUUCAGGUUGAUCAGGUUCUAUGAAGUCUGUGAGAACUCCCUGAAAACCCUGCGAACAUCCAAUCUGCGCUCACUUCAUAAUGCAGCAGCUAUGCUGGAGACUAUCGGCAUUAACCUAUUCCUUUACCCCUGGAAGAAAGAGUACAAAAAUAUUAAGACAUACACUGGGCCUUUUGUAUAUUAUGUGAGAGCUGCUUUAAUUGAUGACGACAUCCGGCACAUAUUGAACCAUAUGGGUUAUGUACAAGAACAAGGGACAGUUUACAGACUGAAAGACCAUGUGGACACCACGCAAGUCAAAAGAGUCUCCUUUGAACUUUUUCUAGCCCGAGUUGAAUGUGAACUUCUACUGGAAAUCUACCUGCAGGUAAAGGAUAAAGGCUACUUGGAAGUGGACGUGGUAAAUGAGCGUAAGAGCAGCAAUGAGGACGUCAGGGGCUGCACGGACGAAAUGAAGAGACGAGUGGAGUGCAAAGAAUCCUUAAACGUAUCCAUGGCUAGGAUGGUUCUGCAGAAAUCUGCCAGUGAGAGGGCGCCAUCCAAGGAUUAUUUUAAGCAGAAGGUAACAAAACCAUCCAAGUCCGUUGACACCUACGAAAGCUACUGGGACAGCAAGAACAAGCCCCCGCUUACCGCCUCCCUGAGCCUGCGAAAGGAGCCUAUCCUGGUAGAUGCCGAAGACGAUCUCAAAGAUGAAAUUAUACGUCCCCCACACUCCCUUCUGAACAUGGCCAGCUCUCUGCACGGCUGCUCUGAUGAAUUUUUAAACCUUUCCUCCAAUCCUAAUGGGCUAUUACGAGCCAGCGCUACAUACGGCUACUUCCCCAACGAAGACGACGUAGACUUGUAUACGGACAUGGAUUCUAGACUACUAAAUGUGAAGAGGCAGGAGCUAGCCAAGCCUGACUCUUGGCUGUUGGAAAACAAGAUGAACCCAUCUUUUCACAAGCGUUCUCAUGUAGCCAAAGAGACCGUAUUCAUGAAGUGCCAAAACUGCGGCGUAUCCUCUGGUGGCCCAAUAUGCCAAAAGUGUGACAGUAUACUUAUCUACAGACCCGACGGCCCUUUGCUAAAGCAGAACAACCUGUCGAUCAAAACUACUGUACAGAAUGACGGCUACUCCUCCUCCGGCUCAGCACUGCGGGAGAAGUCUUCGUAUGGGACAUCAUCCCAGGAACGCGCGUCUCAGCAGAACGCCAAAAUGAAGCCUUCCACCACGCUGCGCUGUGGCUUUUGCAACAGAGCUGGAGCUUCCAACACCUGCACAGUUUGUUCCAAAGUCUCGUGCGAUGCUUGCGUUGUUGCCUACUCCCAUGAGUAUUGUUGCCGAAAAAGCGAUCAUCACCGGUUUGCACCAAACAAUCAGCUAAACUAUAAAUCCUCUCAACUGUCCCACCUGGUGUACAGAUAAAUGCGCAAAUUAUUUUUUAAAAAAACCCAUUUUUUUUCUUCAUCUUUUCUUCGUUAUUAUUUUUUAUUAUUAUUUUCCCUUCCUUUGAAAAAAGGGCUAAAGGAAAGGACCUCUGAACUGGAAUAUCCCACUGACUGCUAGAACAAGAACCACAUGGUAGGGUUCAGGGAGGAGAUCCGAAUCAGUGUUUUGUGGUUACUUACACACCUUGCUGCUAUACCGUGGUGCAAUAAAUCCUUAGGCUUGCUAUUUAAAUUAAAAUCCUUUCAAAGCAGAAGCUAAAAUCUGUUUAGAAAGAUUGAUAUUUCUGUAUAUAAAAAGCCAUUGUGUGGUUUGGAUUCUUAGAAGAGAAGCGCUUCCCCAGUGUUGCUCCCCUCCUUUCCUGGUUCAGAAGUUAAUUUUUAUAGCAAGUGAGCACUUUCAAGGAUUUGUUAGGUAAGCAUGUCACAGGAAACAAUUCUAAGAGGCAGAACGUUUUUUUAUUUUAUAUUGUUUUUUUCUAGUUGCAGAUGUAUAUUUGAAAUUCGUGCAGAUCAUCUCCAUCAGCAAUGCAAUUUUUUAUUUUAUUUUUUGUUUCCCAGGAUUUUAUUAGAAUAAAAAAAAAAGAAUCUCUUGAUCCAGUUAUUUAACUUGGUGGUUAAUGUCUGGUUUGCAUGCAGUGAUCCUGCCAAAUGGUAUUUAAGGUUCAGUGUCUUGCUGUUGUUCCCUUUUAUUAUGAUCUAUGGCAGUCUUACUGUGUAUACUGUAGGUUAGUGGGAAAUAUAAAUAUAUAUAUCUCCUGUAAAUGCGGGAAUUUUUUUUUAUCGCAGUUAAAGUUGGUAUGUAUAACUUUUCAGAUUUCUCUAUAAAAAGUAAAAUUGAUGUCCUCUUCCAUGGUUUGCUCCACAGAGAAAUUUAUCAGCGUAUUGAAAAUCCUAAAUAAAAUUGGAUUGAGGUGAAUUUGCAGAUGCUUUAUUAUUAUUUUUUUAUCCCCCCCCCCCCCGGAUCCGGAUCUUUGUCUUUCUGGUCUAGAGUUUGAAAUUGCCUAGUGGGAUUUAUGGACUUGGUCUGACUUUGCAUCUUCCUUUGUAACUGAAGUGAUGAAUUUCUGACUGUUUCAUAGACAUUGGGAGGAAUUAAGACUGGCGACUUGUAUGCCAGUCUUAAUAAGAAGAGUACUGGAGUAAGAUGCACCAGUUUUUAUUGGGGGGGUGCUAUGCAUUUGGCACAUCUUCUGGUAGUCUGUACACUAGAAAAUCUAAUCUGUGUCAGCUAUGAGUUAGAUUUGAGCUGUUGUUUACUCCAGUUUCUGGUGUAAAUUGCAGUAAAUCUGAGAGGCCUUGGGAGGUCACACCAUUCCUACUAAGCCUCGAAGGGCUGAAAAUUGAAAAGUUGCUUGUGCAAAAAUGAGACCUUUUGUAUGACUGAAAAACCAGCUUACCUCCUUGAUAAAUUCCCCCAGUUCCAUGCUAAAGUUCUGUCUGCUUGCAUCUACCACUAGGAGGAGUUUGGUGUAAUAAGACCUCGGCUUCAGAGAAUCUGUUAAAUGGCCGACAAAAUAAUGCAGUGUACUGCACUAUUUUCUACGGCAAAAUGACAGACAACAUAAUGUCUAUUUCACAAACCCUAUAAUUGUCAGUGUGGUUUGUCAGGUGCCAUUUUUGUCCAUUUGACACUGCUGAUAUUUUUUUUUCUUUUGCUGUUCCUAUAACUGAGCAUAAAAACGAAAAUUACAGCAAAGAUGUAAUUGUGGCCUGAGCAGGAAACUCCCCCUAGUGGUGGCUACAGAAAGAUGUAAUUCUAUGGCUGUGCAGAGAUUUUGAGAUCUGUAUUGGAGAAACUGGGCCCUGAACGCUAUAAAGACAGUUUGAGAUUAACAACACAUAAUAUUAAAUCUAAAAAUCAAUCUGAUAAGUGCAGAAUCUCUUUAAAGCUUAAAGGGGUUGUCUCAUCUCAGACAAUGGGGCCAUACCGCUAGGAUAUGCCCCCAUUGUCUUAUAGGUGUGGGUCCCACCGCUGGGAUCCGCACCCAUAUCGGGAACGGAGCCCCGCAAAAUGGUGGCUGAAGGACUCCAGUUCUGCCACCACCAAGCGAUCCCCUCAUAUAAGUGAAUGGGAGUGCACCGUGCAUGACCGUCCACCGCUCCCAUUCACUUCUAUGGGCCCCAACAGAAAUGGCUCAGCUAUUUUUGGCGGCCCCAUAGAGAAUGAAUGGAAGGCGGCUGCACAUGCACAGUGCGCCCUCCAACACUUUCAGGGCUCUGUUGAUAUAGGUGCCGGUCUAUUUAUAUAAAAAAAAAAUUGUUGCAUUGUAUGUUGGAAACUCCUCAUAAUUUCCUUUUGAAGUCUGGAUUCCCCACUGAUUGCCAAACUGAUAGUACAAGAGUCCUAACAUCACAUUUACAGAUCAUUGUGAUCUUUGUGGGCCCCAGUUCACAAUCCCCCAUGGGUAUUCUCUUCUGUCAGAAGAUGCAUUUCAGUGGAGUUCCCUUUUAAACGCCUGUCCAAUCUUCAAACAUUUGGCAUAGGUUAUAUAGUGCUAAACUAUAUUGUCUCCGCUGGGGGGGGGGCGGCGUCAGAGUCCAAACCUUGCCAAGCGUGAAUAAUAAUCAUGUUUUGAUUCUUUGCACAUUUUUCUGAGGCUACAAUUUUGCACUCAUACAAGUAUGAUCCUCUUAAUAUUUCGGUCUUCAGUUUGGUUGAUUUUACCAGAUAAAGACUCCUAUUGGUAAUCAUGGUGGAGUUAUGUUGGGAGUCAGGCUGUAAUUCUCUCCCCCUCCUGUAGGUGUCAGCAUCACAGUUCAAGUAUAUGCUGUGUUUCAUAUAUAUAACACAUUAUCUAAUAAACAACAAAAAAGAAUAAAAAUGCCAUGCAGCUUUUUUGUAUGUAAAUAAUUUACGAAUAUUUCUUGUAGGAAAUAUAUACUGUAUAUAUGACAUAUUAUAAACUGUAUCAUGUUUAUGGUUUCUGUCAGCAGGGGGCACCACGUAUUAUUGGAGGAGAGAACUGAGUCAAGGAACUGCUGCAAUAAUCGCUGCACUUGACAGCAUCCAUGUCUACUGUGCAGCUCUAUACGGAGAGGUUAUUAGUAUUUUGUUAUCGUGCAGAGUUCAAACAAAACAAAGACUCAUAAUUUAGAUUUUUAAUUAGUCUGAGGAGUCGCUUGGAUCUUCUGAAAGUCCUGCUAGUUCUGUGCUGCUUCUUCAUUGUCUGGCACCAUAUCUACUACUUGCAUGAGGAGCAGCUCUGGACUAGCAGCAGUGUUCAGGGACCCUGCAGGCUUGGUGAACCUCAAGCCUUAGUAAAGGUGCAAAUAGUCCCCCAACCCUGAGGUGAGCGCAGAGUCUAUUGCCUGGCAGGAUUUGGUGUUAAUCCAAAUGUAAAUAUCUUCAUUUUUAUAUAGAUUUUUAAAAGGACAGAAGUUAAAAAAAAUAUAUAUAUUACAUUAUAUAUAAUAAUGUACCUGGGUUUGGAUGCUGGGGAGAAAGCACAUAGUUUACCUUGGUUGACGAAGAGUUAAAAAUGCUCAAUGGUUGUAUACUGAAUGUUUUGCGUCUGUUUUUCAGUUCCUUGCCAUUUCAAGAUCUCUGCUUUAUGCCAGUGAGUAAAAAUAUAAGUUUUGAUCUAGUUCUGCUAUCACAGGUGGACUAUUGGUAAAAUGUCUGUGUAGGCUCGGCAAUCCUGACAGCUAACGAGUCCAUCUUGUGGCUACCAGGCUGAAAGUGCACAUCAGAGGUGAUCCAACAUAAAUGCCGGCUGUCAGCCGGACAAAAACUGCUGCAUGCAGCGAUUUGUCCGGCUGAAACCUCGCAUUUAUGCCAGAAAGUGGCCGAACCUUCAUUAAAGUCAAUGUGGAUCCAAGGGUGAUCUCGGCAGGCUGUUCUCUGCCAGCCUGCUGGAAAGGUUCACCUGCAAUGUGAACUGGGCCUAACCUACACUGAUAUAUUGAUUCAGACCCAUCGGCCAUAUGAGCAGGACCAGGUUAGGAUGGGUUUUCAGCUAAAGGAUGCAAGCAGCGAUCUUGAAUGAUUACUUAAUACACAGUCUUGUUAGAAAGUUGCAGAACUUUUUAUUAUGCAUUGAUUGAGCUUUAUUAACGGGAAACGGGACAACUCCCAAUAUUCUGUUACAAUGGAUGUGGUCCACCAGUGACUGGCUGCCUCAUACCUUGCAUCUGUCGUCCUCUGUUACUUGCACUUCAGCGCUGACCACUUGCAGUGACAUUUGGCUUUCGUUUGCAGUUGCGGCAUUACAGAGCGUGCACAAUGACUAUAAACCAGCAGUGGGUGACCUCCCUGUUCCCUCCACCAGUGUAAAUUUAUUAUGUGAAUACCAAAUGAUGGCUCUUAAUAGAUGUACAUAUGUAAUCUGUGUAUAUAAGGAAUAUGUAAUUUUAGGAAGGCCUGGACAUUUAUAACCUGUACAGCACCGAUCACAUGUGAUGUUACUUCUAGCAGCCGAUUGCCGGUCCUUUAUAGACAAUGCCAGCGUCCUCCACCUCGGAAAAUCCAGCACUACAUAGCGGAGCCUGCAAUGCCACGUAUCCUCUCCAGUGAUCACAGCUAGGGCAGCGUGCGAGUCCUGUGCGUAUCUAGUGCCAUACAAAUGAUUAGUCGUAUGAACUGUGUUGAAUUGAGAGUUAUAUCGAUGCUAUUUUUGUGAAUAUUCGUUGUAUGGAUUUGCUGUGAUGGCCGUCAAGAUUUAAAAUUAUAAAAUCCUUUAAGAUCUGGU